CCCUCGGGAAAAAGCACAUUUCACGUUUUGUUUGUAAAGUGUUCCACUAUCUUAUCUAUCUGUCCCUGUGGAUUAUUGUGAGCGAUGUUGACGCCCAAAUUUCAAAUUAACCAAGACGACGUUUCCGUUACAAUAGUCGUACAUGCCCCAUAUACCAAAGUGUCGGAAGUCGAUAUUUUCAUUGAAGAGACUUGCUUUGCUUUCCAUGCAAAACCAUAUUACCUUCGAUUAGAACUUCCUGGCACCAUUGUGGAAGCUGGUUCAUCGUGCAAAUACGAGGUUGAUAAAGGUGCUUAUACUGUCCAUGUGUGUAAACAAGAAAAGGGCGAACACUUUGAAAACCUUGAUUUACUAACAACGAUGUUGGCACAGAAGAAAACACCACAAACUAAACCCCUGAUUGAAGUUGUGGAAGAAGAUGUUAAUUGUGAACAUGAAGCAAGUUUAACUAAAGAAAAUAUUUGUUCAACCACAUUCGGUUACGGCUUUGCAAAUCAAAAACACGGCGUCAUAUCUAAGUUACAGGAAGAUUUGUGUGAUAUUGUUUACAUUAGAAAUCCGGAUGAUACCAGUUUGGAAGAUCGUAAAAGUUUAAAACAAGCUGCUGAAGAUUUGAAGUUUGAUUCUGAUUACUAUCUAGCGGACCUGUAUGAAGAUGAUUACAUUCAGCACAUCAUCAAAUUUAUCCCAGAGUGGAAACAAAGUCCGGAGGAACAAUUGGAGUUUACUGAUGAGGAGAAAGAGCAACUUCAGAAACUUCCAAAUAAAGAAUACCUCAUUUCAGAAAACGAACAACAAAUAAUUUUGAAUGGUUUGUUUGAUAUUUUAUUCGCAUAUGCUUACAAUGUGCGAGUAACUGAGGGCGAGGGGUGUGUGGAGUCUGCAUGGAACAUAAGAACCAUCAGUCAUACCUUGUCAUGGUGCUGCUCAUCUUCCUGCUUGAAGGAGACAGUGGUUUCUUGUUUAAGAAGAUCCCUAUGUUAUCCACAAUACAGAAAUUGGAAGUUAGGAUGCAAAGUUGUUCAAGAUGUUAUUCGAAUAUUAAAGAAAGGAAGACGCUACAUCCUGCACUGUCUCUUGCAUAUUUGGAGAAUAUUUCAAACUGCUGAUGGAUCUCCUUGCUACAUAUUAAAUGACCUUUACAUAACUGACUACUGUGUGUGGCUGCAAAAGUUAAAAACCUGCGAUGAACUGAUGAAAAGUCUUUCCAAGGAAGCUAAAGGUCUAAACGUUUUAAAAAAAGACUUGGACCUUGAACUGGAACUGAUUGAAGAAGCAGCAGAACUUGUUUUAGCUGAUGAGAAGCAAGCCGAAGAAAGCAACAGUGAGGUUGAUGAACUGACAAACCAGAUAGGCUUAGUUUCUGUGGAUUCUUAAUGUAAAGUUGGGAUGUUAAUCAUGCAUAUCAACAUAUGUCAAAUUUUCAUUAUGAUUAUUCCUGCAAUUCAAAUUUUCAUUAUGAUUAUUCCUGCAAUGUCCAUAUUUUCAUUAUGAUGAGCAAAAAUGAAGGACAACUUCUAAAAAACAUAUAUGUAUAUUAAACUUCUUUAACAGUGAAUAUAUAUUACAUGAACUUUUAACCUAACACUGACCUAAAGAUGCGCCUUAAACUUAAAAAUAUAAAAAUCUUUAAAAAAAUUAAAGUUAUGUUACAACAAGGUUGGGCAACCCAAACACAACCAUGUUACACCACGAUGCAUCGAGUUGCGUCACUAUUUCAGACUCUUUGUCUUCUUCAAAUGCUUCGUCUUCAUUCAUUACUGAAUCGAUACGAUCUGCCAGCGAAGGGGUCUCUGCAGGUGUUGGCUCAGGUAAAAUACUUCGUCCACGAGAUACUGAGGGUUUGGUGCUGUCUUUACGUUUCGAUUUAUCAUCUUUUCCUUUCCCAUCUUUCAAUGCUAUACAAAAAGAUUAAUAAAAUGUGAAUUAUAA